CUAGGCAUGCAGACUGCUUCAGCAAACAUUUGUGAAAGAAUGGGUUGCACUCAGGAGCUCAGUGAAUUCAAGCAUGGUUCUGUGAUAGGUUGCCACCUGUGCAAUAAGUCCAUCCAUGAAAUUUCCUUGCUACUGAAUAUUACAUGGUCAAAUGUUAGGGGUAUUAUAACAAAGUAGAAGCAACUGGGAGCAACAGUAACUCAGCCACGAAGUAAGUGGGGUCAGACUCUAGAACACAUGGAGACAUGUUCUUUGGAGUGACAAAUCACGGUUCUCUGUCUAACAAUCCAAUGGACAUCUCUGAGUUUGGUGGUUGCCAGGAGAACGGUACUUGCCUGACUGCAUUGUGCCAAGUGUAA